UUUCCACCUUGUCACCUACGCUUUCCUCUUAAUAAAUUUGUGAUUAUUUCUUUACCAAUAGAGUAUUGCUACCUCACCUUCCUAUAACAAACUUUAUCAACAAAGAUUCCUCACAAUGCCCACACUCCCUGCCUACACUACAUCACACACCCUUUCUUGGAAAUAUCCAUACACUUUGAUGCAAAAAAUAUAAAUACACACACUCAGAUAGAGAAUAGAGGGGUACAGAAGAGAACGGGGAGGGGGAACAAAAAAAGAAAACACAGAGGACAAAAGAAACAGGGGCGAGAGAAUUGGAGGAGGGCCUUCUUCACGUUUUCCUCUGAAAAUGCUCCUCUAUUUCUCGGUGUUAGAAAACCUUCAAAUACCAUGAAGGCUGCUGGUGAUUUUCUCAAAACAACUGACCUCCAAUUCCAUAAAAAUAACUGACCCCCAAUUCAAAAAAAAAAAGCAGCCAUAGCUCCUCCACUUUUCCUCUAUUGAAACCAACCUCAUUCUUCCACCAGAACACAAAAAUCCAUCUCUUACAACACCAACAAAAUAGUCCGAAAUGAUCGGAAACAGCAGCUCAAAUCGAUGUCAUCUUCGUCGAGAAAACAAUCCCAUAAUCACUAUAAAAUAUAUUUGAAACCAGCCCCUUUUUGGCCCAUAAAACUAGUCCAAUACAACCCCAAAAUAGCUUCGAAAUAGUCGUUAGUCACUCCAAAGUCGAGGUUUUGUCGCCGGUUCAAAGUUCUGAUCAGUAGCUCGUUUGAUCGUCGUUUUGUUCCUUUUGGUGCACACUCCUUUGUAUACAUAGCAAAUUCAGCAAUAAAGAUUUUGACAUUUCAAUUGAGUUUUUCACACUUUCACUUGGCUUUUGCUUUUUCCAUCUUCAUCGGCUUGCUCUAACCUCAAAUAUUAUCAAGAAUAUGUUCACCAUGUGUCAUGGCGGAGAUGAAAAAUAACAAAAGAAGCUGGAAAUAAAGAAAAUGAACGAUAAAUAUCACUUCUAAAAGGUUAAUUUCACCACUUUUCUUCAGGGUCUUGAUGAAGAUUUUGAAUGAGGCACAUGUUCCUGAUAAGAUCACAGUAAAUCACUUGGAUAAGAUAGCUAGCAAGAUCUUCGAAGUAAACAGGAUCACUUUCUCAGACGAUGAACUUCCUAUGGAGGGUACAGAAACAAUCGAGCUCUUUAUCUCACGGUGAAGUGCGAAGAUUCUGUUGUCUCAAGAGUUUUGGUUGACAAUGGCUCUAGUGCGAAUAUUUGUCCCCUGUCUAUUCUGCAAAAACUGAAGAUUGGCACCGAAAGAAUCCACUUGAAUAGUAUGUGUGUUCGAGGCUUUGAUGGGGAGGUAAAGAUUCUGUAGGAGAUAUAAUGCUCUAAUUGUUGAUAGGGCCAGUUGAGUUUACCAUGGAAUUCCAAGUGUUAGAUGUGGCUGUCUCCUACAAUCUGUUGUUAGGCAGGCCCUGGAUACAUGCUGCUAAGGCAGUCCCGUCUUCUCUGCACCAAAUGGUGAAGUUUAAAUUGGAUAGGCAGGAAAUAGUUGUGCACGGUGAUAAGGACCUGUCAGCUCGUAAUGACACAAUUGUUCCAUUUAUCGAAGAUGAAGAUAAUAAGGGACCUUGGGUCUAUCAGACUUUCGAAACAGUGUCUAUUGAGAAAAUUCCUGAAGGAAAAUGCAUUCCGGGUCCUAAGCUAUCUUCCGCGUCCGUCAUGGUUGCGAAUGAAAUGUUGAAGAAUGGUUUUAUGUCGGGCAAGGGUCUAGGCUCAUCUCUGCAGGGUAUUGUGCAUCUGGUGCGCCCCAGUGGGAAUCCUGGUACAUUAGGUUUGGGAUUCAUACACACAGAGAAGGACAUGAAAAAAGUUAAAAAUCUGAAACAGAAAGUAUGGUCGCUCCCCAAGCCCGUCCUACGCAUCUCUAAGUCUUUUGUCAAGACAGGGGCAAAAAAACCUCCAACCUCAUCAAUCCCAAAACAUGUGGUCGAUGUUGAUGAAUAGCUGAUUAAGAGGUUCCAAAGUCUGUUCGAUGAGGUCAAUAUGGUAGAAGUUGGUGAAGGCUCUAGUAAAGCAGAUGUGCAGCUCGUUGGACCAAACGUGAAGCUUAGCAAUUGGGAAACUACUCAUCUCCCCACCAGGAAGGAGUUUUGGUAGUUUGCUUUGUUUUCCUUUCUAUUAUUUGGGUUAUUCUAGGGUUGUAAUUCAGAUUUUUAGUUUUUGCUUGUUUUGAUGUUCAAACCCUUCUAUUCCUUUAUUUUCAAUGAAAUCAAUUUCUCGUUUUCCAUUA